AUGGACCAAGAUGUCGAUCAGGGCCCGCCGGCCUCGCAGGCUAGCUCUCAUUUCCCGCUACUAGAGCCCAUUUCAGGCGCGACGCUAUAUAAGCUUGAGUCAGCGCGUCGCGAGACUCUUAGGCGUCGCGGACGAGUACGGACUGGUUGUGCCGAAGUGGAUGAUGCGGUGUUGCUAGGCGGCUUGGAACGCGGGACCGUUGUGGGGGUCAGUGCUGAGGAUAUUGAGUUCGGGCUUUUGGUCGGGCUGCAGACCGUGGCGCAUAUGAUGGUUUUCGAGGGUGCGAAUAAGCAGAGGGCGGCUAUCGUUACUACGUUGACGCCGGCGGCGAUACUUCCCGCGCUAAGGGAUGUUAUUAGAGCACAGGUUCAGGCUGUUUUGGGCCCGGCGGCGAAUCAGAAGCAGGAGGUUGUCAAUGCCGAAGUGAGACGCUGUCUCGAGCGGAUUUCUAUCUCGAGGGUUUUUGAUGUCGAGGGCUUGUGGGAGGUCCUCAGUGAGCUUGAGACGCCGCCGUCUCUUGGGCGUGAUGCUAUUCUAGAGGAAAGGGAAGAAAAGGCAGCUUCUACUACGGCUACUACUGAAGACAAGGAGCAUCUGGCUCAUGCUGAGCCGCUGGGUUCAUUCCCAUCAAGUAUGUCAGAAGGAGAGGGCAAGGUUGAGGCAGUGGAGGAUAUUCCUCCAUCACCGCGGCCUAGGACGAAGCGGGUAGAAGUAGCAGACAGCGAAGACGAAGAAGAGCUAAGUUUAUCACCACCGUCUCUACAAGAUCAACAACUAUCCGUACCGCCGCCACCAUCCUCUCCUCCAAAACCAUCUCCUUCCCCUCCCCCUAUUGCUCCAACCGCACAAACCUCUACCGCAAACGCAGUACCUACAAGCACCCAAGAAAAACCGUCGCACAUCCCAGACCUAAUCCUCAUAACCCAUUUCUCAACCCUCCUCACAAACCUCUUCACCCGCUCCGCAGACAACAAGGCCAGCGCACACACCACCUUGCAACUACUAUCCUCGCACCUGCGGUAUUUAGCCCGAUCGUCCGAUGGACCGCUUGUUAUGUUUCUUAACAGUACUACUGCCACUUCUACAUCUAUAUCUACAUCCGCAUCCGCAGGCUCAUCUACUUCUACCGGUACCUCCCACGUCCCACAGAACCUCGCUUCAGCAACAACAGCGAAGAAUCGUCCUCUGGAACCUACACUCCGUUCUAUCUUCCUCCCCGCGCCUCUACCUGGAAUAGGAGCAGGGGCAGGAGGUAGUAGACGGCAGAGUAAGCCCGCGUUCGGCGCUACGUUCGCGCAGUUCCUCGACUUGCAUAUUCUCUGCACGCGAGUGCCGCGGACGCGGGCUGAUGCGGAGGCGUUGGCUGCGGGGACGUCGGGGAUGGUUCGGUGGUGUUGGGUUGUGGAGGUUUUGCUUGAUGAGUUGGGGGUGGAGGGAUAUAGGGAUGGUGACGAGAGUGAGAGUAAGGAUCUGGAUGGUGACAGUGGUAGUGGUAGUGAUAAUAGGAGGAUAUGGAGGAGUAGAGAGCAGCGAUGGGGUGCUGUUGAUGUACGUGGGAGGGUCAGGUUUGUCGAUGCGGUUUUGGGGGUUUAG